AAAAGGGACUUCAAACGUGUCAACAGUCCCUUCCUUUCAUCUCUUGCAGUAGUGGGGAUUGUUUAAAAAAAGAGUAAACUCUGACAGCGAAAAGGGAAAGGGGCAGGCGAUCUUACUGGAAUAAAGUUUAAAGUGGUUUGUACAGUUGUCUCUUGCCUCUUGUCUAACUGAAUCAGAGCUGCAGUGCCUCCAACUUCGGACUCGAUACUGCCAGUACCACAGUCUGUCACUUGUUCGAGGGAUACUUCGACGUUGCACUGCUGCCUUGUAAAAGCAGCUGGGAUGACACUGUCGGGCGGCGGUAGUGCGAGUGACUUGUCCGGUCAGACGGUUCUCACAGCUGAUGAUGUGGACAUUGAUGUAGUGGGCGAAGGCGAUGAAGGCAUAGAGAGAGACAACGACUGUGACAGCAGCUCCGGUGGCAUCCACGAGGUGGGAGGCAUUGCCGAGGACGGCGAGCAGAUGGGAGUGAAGGAGAUCACGGCAGUUAGCCCUUCCGAUACGACCAAUGACCCAGAAAGCAAGGGCGAAGGACAGGAAAACAGCGCUGGCAGCUUACAGAACAAGCCUAAAAACAGCCUGGUUAAACCACCUUAUUCAUACAUUGCUCUCAUCACCAUGGCCAUCUUACAGAGCCCUCAGAAAAAGUUAACCCUUAGCGGGAUCUGCGAAUUCAUUAGCAAUCGCUUCCCUUACUACAGAGAGAAGUUUCCAGCAUGGCAGAAUUCAAUCAGACAUAAUCUAUCACUGAAUGACUGUUUUGUAAAAAUUCCCCGGGAACCAGGUAACCCAGGCAAAGGCAAUUAUUGGACCCUGGACCCCCAAUCAGAAGAUAUGUUCGAUAAUGGAAGCUUUCUCAGGAGGAGAAAACGGUUCAAGAGACAUCAGCAGGACGCUCUGAGGGACCAAACUGCCUUGAUGAUGCAGAGCUUUGGAGCUUAUAGUCUUGGCAAUCCUUAUGGCCGCCCUUAUGGACUUCACCCGGCUGCCUACCCUCAUCCGGCUGCACUUCAGUAUCCCUACAUACCACCGGUGGGUCCGAUGUUACCACCAGCUGUCCCUCUCCUGCCUUCCACAGAACUGAACAGAAAAGCAUUUAAUUCACAAUUGAGCCCCAGUCUGCAGCUUCAGCUCAGUAGCCUUAGUACUGCUUCAGUCAUUAAAUCUGAGCCCACCAGCAGACCCUCCUUUAGUAUAGAAAACAUUAUCGGGGUUUCAGCAACCACGACGGGGAGCGCGCAGACUUUCCUGAGGCCUCCCAUCACUGUCCAGUCAGCUCUAAUGAGUCCACAGCCUUUAUCUCUGAGAACCACUGCAGCCAUCACACCUAUCCUUAGUGUCCCCACAAACAUAAUUUCUGGACAGUUCCUUCAGUCCACAGCAUCAGUUGCAGCAGUGUCAAAAUGGGCGUCUCAAUGACAGCGAAUUUCUUUCAGACAGAACUUUACGCCGAACUUUUAAUAAUAAUAAAAACGUUAUGAACACUAUGCUGGCUCAGCAGAUUUGUAACUGCAGCACUGGACUUUAGCUGCACGUCUGUAGCCAAUAUUAUACCUAAAGGAAUGCUUUCUGUACAGGUAAACAUUUGUAAAUAUUGUAUAAAAUAAAAAAAAUUAGUUUUACUUUUUAAAGAUUUAUUUUAUGUCACAUUGUAUAACAGCUGUAGUAUAUAGUUAUAAGCCUUCAUUUUUUGUUUGAGGGCUUGCAAUCGGUAGUUUUAUUUGAAAUGUAAAAUAAAACAGUUUUAAAUACAACAUAUACUAUAAAUAUGUGCAUAUUCUGUUACAUAAGUCUGUUUCUACGGAUCAAAUUUAUGUAUUCUGUAUGUAAUUC